CAUUUAACCAAAAGUAAACGACUCCACCUUAAUUGAUGCCUGGUUGUGCCACUGAAGAGCCAUUCUCAUCAUCUGUUUAUUUCGAACGGGCUUCAUUCUCGUUAGGCGUGAGUGCUCACGGUGGUUGCACCAAGGACAUGCCAAAGGAGCAAAAGCAACCACAACACCAAAGUCCACAUAUGCCGGAGGGAAAAUGCUUCAAAGCCUUACCUUUUCACAUUGCAGUCUGGAUUGUUGCUGCCAAACCAAAUCCGUCUAAGACUGUUGCUGUGCCACUGUUGCUGUGCCACUGCUACUAUGCCACUGCUGCUGCACCACGGCUGCUGUUGCUGCACCACUGCUCUGCAACUGCUGCACCACUGCUCUACAACUACUGCGCCAUUGCUCCGCCACUGCUGUGCCACUACGCCGCCACUAAUGCGCCACUACUCCACCAUAGCUACUGCUGCGCCACUAUUGCUGUUGUUGCUCAAAGUCAAAGUGGAAGUGUAUAUUUAGAUAUUUUGGUGGGGAAUGGGGACGGGGGCAAAAUCUGUCCUUCGUCAAAAAUCCCCGCAAGGAUCCCUGUCCCCGUCAUUCGCAGGAACGGGGACGGGAGGGACUCUCCGGCCCUGUGGCCCUGCGGGGCCCCGUUGACAUCCCUAAUUGCAGCACUCACUCUAAAUCUUCUUCCUCCUCCCUCCGUUCCAUUCCGCCUCUUCAACUCCAACUAUUUCACCAAAACCAGAAAUCGAAGGGGCGUUACCAUUCUAAAAUGCACCGCGUGCGUAACUAGUGCUCGCCUUCGAUCUUUUCGUUGGAAUUACGCUGAGAAAAAAAGAAUCAAAUGGCAAAUUGGAUCUCCUCGAAGCUCAAAGCCGCUGAAACAAUCCUUCAACAGGCAUUUUUCUCAUCCUUUUUCUGUUUGCGCAGGCGAAUAUAUCGAUCAGCAAGCGGCGGAGUCGCUUGGGAAGACUGAGAGGUCUGGAUCGGAUGAGUUGAAGUUAGAUACUUCAACGAAAUCGAGUGGUGUUGUUUCUUUAAAGGAUCAGCUAAAGAAGAAAACGCAGAACAACAAUGAUUACCAAGGGAAAUUAGAUAGUGAUUCUAAUGUUAACUCUGUUCAUAGUAAUAAUAGUUAUGUGAAUACUCAAAGUCGGGAGAAAGAGAUUGCUAGUUCUCCAAAUUCUUCACCUACACCGAAACCUAAGGCUACUCUUACGGAUAGUGAUUGGACUGAACUCCUUGGUACAUCUAAUCAGGGAACAAGCCCCUCAGGGAAGCGGAACAAUGUGGUGUCUGUGAUUCGUGGGUUGAGGAAAGAUGGUAAGAGGCCAGGGAGUUCAGUGCUGGAGGCAAAGAGGAAUCAGAAGAGUAGUAGUAAUGCGGUUAAGUAUGUUAGGAGGUCCGACAUUGCAUUGGGAACUAAGUUAAUUGGGAAGCCAAGUGAUGGUGAAGAGUCUAGCUCUUCCGGGAGGCCUUCAAGUGUUGAUAUGCAGAAUGAUGGUAAGAACUCAGAAGGGCUAGCAUUGGAUAAAGUCUCAGUCACAAACCUUUCAGGAGAAAGAAAAGAUGAGAUGGUUGAAGAAAAUGGUGGAUCAAAUUCUAAAGACCUAUUAUUGGAUGGUCUUUCAUUGUCUCUAAGCAAGAAUCACUCUUUGGAAAAGCUGGCAGGAAUGGGAAAAGUUGCUGGAGCAUCUGAUGGGAAGACAGAGGUGGCUGAUGCAUGUAAUAAGCUAAGAAGUUCUGUAAAAGAGAAAACCAAGUCCAAUGUUGCAGUCACUAUGGCAGUUGCUAAUGAUUUAAAAAGAAGCUCUUCUUUUACAAGUAAUGGAAGCUCUGAUUCCAAUACAGAUUCUGGUUCAACAUCUGACUCUGAAAGCGAGCGUGAGAGGGAGGAAAGGAGGAGGAGGAGGGAGAGGCUUCUAGCUGAGAGAGCAGCAGCUAAAGCUGGGGAGGCCAUCAAAGAACGCGAGAAUAUUGUUGCCAGAUUGGAGGGGGAGAAGCAGAGUUUAGAGAAAAUACUUGAGGAACGAGCCAAACAACAGGCACAGGAGGCUUCGGAGCUGCAGACAACUAUGAUGGAAAUGAUGGAAGCUGUUGAAUUAGAAAAACAGAAACAUAAUAAUACUCGAAUGGAAGCCCUCCAACUAUUGGCUAAACUAGAGACUGCAAAUGCUGAUCUUGCAAAGUCACUUGCUACCAUGCAGAAGAAACUUGAACUAGAGAUUGAUCAAGUAGCAGAACUUCGGCAACAAAUAGAGUUGAAAGAAGCAGCACAUGAAGAACUCAGGAGGAGGAUCUCCAGUACUCAUCAACCUGGAACUUAUCUAAACCUGUUCACAGCCUCAAAGGGUGUCGAGUUUGAGUGCAAGAUUCUUGAGGCAGAGUACUCUCUCGUAACUGAUAAAAUAGGACAAUCACAACAGAAGGCAAAAGAACUGGAGGCUAAUAUUGAACUUACAAGGAAAGAGAUGGAGGAACCCACAGAGGUAGAAAUUGAGCUCAAGCGGAGGCUUGGACAGCUGACUGAUCAUUUAAUUCAGAAACAAGCUCAGGUUGAGGCACUCUCUUCAGAAAAGGCAACUUUGCUGUUCAGAAUUGAGACGGUUUCAAGAAUGUUGGAGGAGAGCAAGUCCAAUAUAAAUGGUGCCUCAUCAAGGGAUCUGGAAUCAGGGACAUGGAAGCUCUCUGAUUCAAAGCUGAAACCUCUUCAAGACAAAAUUCGUUCUGGAAAGAUGCAGCUGGGAUCGUUACUGCUGCAGUUGGAUGCCAUUUUCUCUGCUGGCGUUGUUUUCUUGAGAAGGAAUCCUACAGCAAAAAUGUGGUCUCUCGUCUACCUUUUCUGCCUUCAUUUUUGGGUCCUAUACAUUCUAAUGUCACAUUCACGGGUAUCAAAUGAAGCAAGGUCUGGUGCUGUUAUAUCCUUAGAAAACAUCAAUAACACUGCCGGUAUAUGAUUUAAGAUCAAAAUGGUGCGUUACUUCAUGAUCUAUUUGUUUUAACUCAACUUUUAAGAGGCUCCCACACCCAUCAAAACCCAGUAGUGCAGGUUGCAUUUGUUCGAAAUGUCAAAUUACCUGUGAGAACUUAAUGCUGUUAGUUCAAUUACUGUCCAACUGACCUAGCCUAAACACCUGAGACUCUUAAGGAGAAGAAAAAUUUUUAUGACAAAAAGAAAUUUAUCUUGUAUCACAAAUGUAUAGUAAAUCAGACCAAAUGAA